AUGUCAUUCGCAGUGAACAACACCUACCGUCAGGCCAAGGCCCCUGCCAGGGACAAGCUCCGUCCGUCGGCCAGGCGCAGCCGCCCUCAGGACUCCUUCGACCCGAACGGAACGCUCGGCUCCUUGUGGUGCGAGCCGGAUCCUGGCGCCGUGGCGGCCGCCCGGCUGCCGUCGCCGGCAGUGGAUGAGCUGGCCGCGCAUCCUGCUCCUGAGGCGGAGGCGCUCGACGCGAGCGCACCGCCGCCGGCCGAGGCUGAGGCAGAGGCGCCAAAGGCGGUGGCGGCGGAGCCGGCGCAGGAGGCGCAGGAGGGCGAUCUGGGAGGAGGCAGAGAGGAAGAGGCGGAGGCGGAGCGCGCAUUGGAAGACGUGCCGGAGCCGGGCGAGGCGAGCUGCGAGUGUGGUCUGGAGAGCGAGUGCCUCCCGACGGCGGCCGAGGCGCAAGAGGCGCCGGCCGAGCUGGUGGCGGCGGGCGCUCCUGCCGGCUCGUCUCAGCCCGCCAACCUCUUCUCUUGGGAGGGGGCGGCGGCGGCGAGCGGCACCCCUCCGCCCCGGGAGGGUCUUCCGGCGCGCGUGGCCCCGCCCGCGGUGGCGGCGGGGGCGACCCUCCCUUCCUCGCAGCCGGCCAACCUCUUCUCUUGGGAGGGGGCGGCGCCAGGCGAGGCCGCCGGCAAGCCGCCCGCCGCUGGGCGCCGCUCGCUGCCGAGUGUGGCCAAGGUGGCGUCGGUGGCGUCGGUGGCGCGCGCGUACCAAAAGGCGGCGCUGGCGAACGGGACGCGCUCCUCGACCCCGUCCAAGUCCCCCCUCACCGCCGCGUACGAGCGGGCGGUCCAGCAGUCCUCCGCCCCCUCCCCGAGCGGAGGGAGGACGCCGCAGCUGGCGCGCGCGUACGAGAGGGCGGUCGAGCGCGCCGCCAAGCCCGCCGGGGCGACGGCGGUGGCGACGGCCAAGGCCGCCUACGAGCAGGCGGUGCGCGCCGCCGGCGUACCAAAGGCGGCACCGGUGGCCACCACGGCGGAGCUCUUUAGCUGGGCGUCUCCGCCGCAGCCAGACGAGCGGCGGCGCGGCUCUGGCGCGGCGGCGGGCGAGCGCCGAGAGACAGGCGCGGGAGCACCACGCAAAACGCCCGGCCCCGGGCAGAGCAAGCCGCACGGCAGCGAGCCCUCGCAGCCGCCCGCACCGGCCGACAGGGCGCCGCCGCAAGCCGCCCUCUCGGCGGCAGCAGCUGCUCCGCCUCCGGUCACAGUCCCGCCGGCCGACGGAGACGCGCUGUCGGAGGCCGCCCGCUCGCUCCUCUCCCUCUUCCUCGCACCGCUCCACCGCGCACUCGCUCCGCGCGGCGCACCCGUUUCCGCCGCCUCGGCCGCCGCCUCGCUCCGCGGCUUCGGCGCCUCGGCCGGCUCGGUCGAGCUGCUGCUGCCGUGGCUCCUCGCGGCGGCGCACCGGAACGCGCCGCUCGACGAGGAGCUGAUCCGGAUCAUCCGCGCCGGCAGCUCCCUCCCGCCGCCGACCCCGCCGCCGCCGAGCAGCAGCCUGUCGCAGGCGGCGGAGCACGGUGGCGGCGGCGGCGGCGCGGGGCGCGAGGAGGAGUCCCGCGAGGAGGCGGAGGAGGAGUGGUCGAGGCCAGCGGUGGGGUCGGUGGAGGACGAGGCGGAGGGAGGCGGCAGCCUCGUCGCGGGCGGCACGGCGAGCGGUCGGCGGGAAGCCCCGCCCUUGCUGCCGCCGCCAGGGCACGAGGCCUCUCCGGCCGAGCGUCCGGCG